CUGCCAGCAGCGCCGCGCUUACUGGUGCUGGAUGAUGGAUCCCUGCUGGACCUGGGGGGCGAUGGCCUUACUCUGCCUCCUCGUACCCGGGGGGUGCCCUCUCCCAGGGCACCCCGGUCCUUGCCGGGUGUCCAUCUACCCCGAGGAACCGACGGUGGAGUUCGGCAGCUCUCUCCUCCUCAACUGCACCAGUUCCUGCCGUAACUACAGCCAGCUGAGCUGGGAGGUCUCCAUCACCAAGACGGGGACGCAGGGACCCGGCUGGGUGUCCCUCAGCAUCCCCAACGUCACCAGCUGGCGCUUGGAGCUCCAGUGCUUCGGCGAUUUCGGGCAGUGGCGGGAUAUCGCCAUCACCACCCUCCACGCUUACCGGUUCUCGCCCCCCCCAAAUUUACCUGGAGGGUGACACGGUGGCCGGCAAAGAGGCGCGUGUCACCUGCAACGCGUCCGCCCAGGUCUCCCCCAGCCAGCCCCCAAAUCUCCACCUGAAGCUGUGGGGUGGGGGGCUCCCCCCCAGCACCCACCGAGGUCCCUCCGUGGGGUUGAGUUUCACGGCGCAGCCGGAGCAGCACGGCCGGGAGGUGAUGUGCAAGGCCGUGUUACAGCUCGGGCGCCGUACGGUCAACGCCAGCGCCGCGGUUACGCUGUGGGUCUGGGCUGCCCCCCACGAUGUCCAGGUGUGGGCACCGCGGACCGUCUUCACCACUGGUGACAACCUCACGGUGAUGUGCCGGGCGGAGGGGAACCCCCCGCCGCAGCUCCGCUGGGAGAUGCCCGCCGACACCGGCUGGGAGCUGCGGGAUGGCGGCACCACCAUCACCGUCCCGGCUGCCCAACGGGUUCACAACGGCACCUACCGCUGCCUGGCCGAGAACCGCUACGGCGCCGGCGCUGCCAGCGUCGACCUCGUCUUCCGAGGAUCCUCCCGCAGCCCCCUGAUCCCCGUGGUCGUGACCUUGGCCGUGGUCACCGUACUGGCCGUUGUCGCCGUCUCCUGGUGGCUUUAUCGCACCCGAGGCUGGAAGCCGAUGCCUAGCUAGCCCGGCUAGCCCUGCCUUGCCGAGCCGUACGUGGGAGCAAAGAGAAAAUUUCCUCCA